AUGUCGUUUUGUGACCGAGCCCUUACAAAUGAUGAAAUCGAUAAAUGUGGAGUAGGAAGAGUUAUACACACGAUGUGUUCCAAAUGGGCGUUUACUGAGUGUGCUAAAGUGCUCCGAGCAGUCCUCGAACGAGACAACGGUCGAUUGCAAGAUACACUGAAGCAAUUUUCGGAGAGUGAGGCUGGAUCAUUGCCAGCGGUCGAAAUGGAGUUGCGAGAGACCGUUCGUGCUCUGUUACUGUCUGGUAUAGAUGCUCGAUAUGAUGGAGCAGAUGUGGAGUAUAUGUUCUGGAUAUCAGCCGUAAUGCGUACAAUGAAAGAACCAAUAUCACAGAGCAGGUUGCUGAUGGUAUUGUUCGGGCCAACUAGGAGGAUCAACGGUCAAAGUCCGUUUUUCUAA